GCCUCGUCCGUGCGCUCAGCCGAACUCAACUUCACGGUCUUUUCCGGGGAUUUUGUGGAGACUAAUUCCGGACAGUGACGGAUCACAACACUCACCGAAUAAGGAUCCAUCAGGAGUGCAAGGAGAAUGAGGAGUCACCGGGGUCGGGGGAAGCAGCAUGAGUGGCCUGUGCAUCUCCAUUAGACUGACGGCCCUCAUGUUUCUAUGGAAGUGGUUAACACUAAGCCUGCUCCAGAGCUGGUUAUCACUCGGGUCCAGUGGGGCGGACUCUGUCGGGGCUGGCUUCAGUGGCUCCACUGGGCCCCUGGGCUGGCUCCUGUCGGAUAAGGGUCCUUUUCACAACUCUCAGGAGUUUGCAGAUUUCACAGAGCGCUACCAGCAAGGAUUCACCACCAAGUACAAGAUUUACAGGGAGUUUGGCCGUUGGAAGGUGAACAGCUUGGCCCUGGAGAGACAAGAGAACAAUGGCUUUUCCCUGCCGCUGGACCCCGAGUUCCUCCAGACCAUUAGGCAGCUGGGCAGGAGGCCCAGUCUUAGCGCCAUCACGGACAACAUUAUCAGGAAAUACGGAACCCACUUCCUGCUCUCUGCUACACUGGGAGGGGAAGAGUCAUUAAUGAUUUUUGUGGACAAGCGGAAGCUGAGUCGGACAUCUGAAGUGAGUGAAGCCAAUGGCACUUCUGUGACGCUGGAGGCUCUGCACCAGCUGGCCGCCUCCUACUUCAUCGACAGAGAGAGCACGCUGCACAAGCUGCACCACAUCCAGAUCGCCUCCACUGCCAUCAAGGUGACCGAAACAAGGACGGGCCCUCUUGGAUGCAGUAACUAUGACAACCUCGACUCUGUCAGCUCCGUUUUGGUUCAGAGCCCCGAAAACAAGAUUCAUUUGCAAGGCCUUCAGGCCAUACUGCCAGAGUAUCUGAGGGCCAGGUUUGUGCAGGCGGCUCUCAGCUACAUCGCCUGUAAUGAGGAGGGCCAGUUUGUGUGCCGAGACAAUGACUGCUGGUGCCAGUGCGCCGUCAACUAUCCACAGUGUAAUUGCCCCGAGGUGGAUCUAAGAGCUAUGGAAGCCAGUUUGCUCCAAAUCCGAGAUUCCUGGAACAUAGCCAACCAAGACUUUGAGGAGUCAGAUGAAUUUCAGAACUUUGUUCGAAGGCUUCCCACUGUCUACGCCCUGAACAUGUCUGCCAUCCAGUAUUUCUGGAAGACGGAGCCAGCCAUCCACCAACGCUACAAGCAGCUGGAGCUCAGCACCCAGCAGUUCCUGAGCAAAGCGAGGCGCAUCGUCAACAAGCUCUUCACCCUCAGCAAGAGGUGUCAAACUCAGCCCAAAAUUAUUAUGCUGAGAGAGAGACCCCAGAGCUACUGGCUGAACUACAUCCUCUCCAUCAUGUACUGCAGUGAAAACAACCACAUCGGCUCGUACCUGGAGGAGACCCGCAGCUGCUCCUGUCCCUACGAGCACCCCCCCUGCCAGGGCGUCAUCCCCUGCGCAGUGGGGGAGGGCACCUCCUGCGCCUCCUGCUCCUACGAGAACCGCUCCCGUUGCGCCACCUGCAACCAGGGCUACAUGUUGAGUCAGGGCAUGUGUCGCAACGAAGUGCCAGACUCCACCGACCACUACAUCGGCUUCGAGACGGACCUGCAGGACCUGGAGCUGCGCUACCUCCUGCAGAAACGCGACAACCGCAUCAGCAUCCACGGGAUCUUCGUCAGCAACGACGUCAGGCUGAAUAAUUGGUUCGACCCGUCAUGGAGGAAGAGGAUGCUGCUGACGCUGAAGAGUAAUAAAUACAAGUCAAACCAUGUCCACAUGCUUCUGGGCAUGUCUCUGCAGAUCUGCCUUACUAAGAACAGCACUCUGGACCCCAUGCUGUCUGUCUAUAUCAAUCCCUUUGGAGGAAGUCACUCAGAAAGCUGGAUCAUGCCCAUUGACCAGACCAACUACCCAGACUGGGAGAGGACUAAAUUAGACCUUCCUUAUGACUGUUACAACUGGACUUUGACUUUGGGCAACAAGUGGAAAACCUUUUUUGAGACGGUUCACUUUUACUUGCGGAGCCGGAUCAGGGGCCCCUCCAGUAACGGAAAUGGAACUGUAUAUUACGAACCCCUGGAAUACCUGGAACCGGGGCGAAAUCUGGGCUACAUGAAGAUCAACAGCAUCCAGGUGUAUGGCUAUAGUAUGCACUUUGACCCGGAGGCGAUCCAGGACUUGAUUUUGCAACUGGACUACCCAUAUACUCAGGGAUCGCAGGACUCGGCACUGCUGCAGCUGCUGGAGAUCCGGGAUCGGGUCAACAGGCUCUCCCCGCCUGGCGCUCAGCCUCUGGAUCUCUUUUCCUGCUUGCUGCGGCACAGGCUUAAGCUGUCCACCACCGACGUUGCCAGGAUCCAGGCAGCGCUGCAGACUUUCAGUGCCAAGCAGCCCAACUCGAUGGAAUAUGAAACAACCAAAUUAUGUAGCUAAUAAGUGGGCAGGUGGCCAGGUGCACAGAUGGAGGAGCAGUUAUCGCACCGGCCUGAUGAUGGUUAAGAGCAAUUCUGAAGCCGUGCAAGGGACAUUUGGGGGACAUUUUCAUUGUCGUCAUGAACCUCCAGAGUGUAUUUGAGAAUCUCAUGUCAGCUUUUCCUAUAAAUUUGUAUAACAUCAUAGAUUUAAGGAGGAUUUCACCAUACUUGCCUCACUGCUUUUUUUCUCCUCUCUCCUUAUGAAAACGAUAACUUUCAAAGUUAAGAAUAUGAAUUUAAAACUCCGCCGUGACUGAUAUGUUGCCGAUGUGCUGACGUCUGUAGAUUGCACAAAAACUGAAUCACCCACACGCAUAAACAAAAGGUUUCGCUGACGCAGUAUUACCCGAGCGAUAUAAACAUGUCAGAAACAUUUCAACACCAGCAUGUUGUUUUGUUUGUAGUUUCCUCAUCACAUUUCUUUUCAGGUGCAAAAAUGAACACGAGCAUUUGCUUUGAUAUAAUGGCUCUCCCUUCCAACCUUGGGCACAUCGGGCAACCCAUAGUUUUUAGCUUUUUCCAUGCGACUCUAAAAAUCACUCAUUUUUUAAGCUCUACUUUAAGAUUUUGUAAUAAAAACAGUAAAAGGUGUGAACAAAGUGAUUAAAUAGAUGCUGUAUUACUCCAGAUUUGCUGAGGAAAAAAA